UGCACAUAUUGCCGAGUCUCCUUCCUCUUGACCAUCCAUCCCACCAUGGCUAGUUGAGAACAGCUUCAAAAUCUUGCAUUUGAAAACUAUAGGAAGAGGUAUAAAGUUGGCCAAGGUCCAUCUUUUUCCAUCUGAAUUAUUGAGAUACAGAAGAAUCCUGAUAGAAAAGAACAGCUUGUGUGCGUGUGUGUGGACGGAAGUUGCUGGAAAAUGAAAAGUUAGUUGGCAUGGAUUCAAGCUUGAACAUAGGGGGAUUACGCUUCUUUCAGACCAUAACGAUGGAGAAAUUGGACAUUUGGAUAUUCAGACUUGUUCUGGUAUAUUCCCUCUGCAUUUUCGUAUUCGUCAGAUCAUCUUCUGCAAAUGAAGGAUUUGUAAGCAUAGCUUGUUGUGCUGAUUCAAGAUACACAGACCCAGAGACCAACUUGAGUUACAAAUCAGAUUACACUUGGUUUCCAGAUAAAACUAGCUGCAUAAGCUUGACCAAUCAUAACGCAAACCAAACAGGCAACCAAAGAGCAAGAGUGUUUGAUAUUACAGAUAAGGGAAAGAGAUGUUACAGCUUGCCAACAAUUCAGAACAAAGUCUAUAUGUUAAGGGGCUCAUUUCCAUCUGACAAUUCACUUGAGGAUUUUUCCUUUAAUGUGUCAAUUGCAGUAACAUCAUUAGGUUCAGUAAGACCAUCCCAGGACUUGGAAUUAGUUGAGGGAAUUUUCAGAGCAUCUAAGAGCUCCAUAGACUUUUGCUUAGUGAAGGAGGAGCAGGAAGAUGGGAAUCCUUAUAUUUCUCAGAUCGAUUUAAGGCCUAUACAUGAAGAGUAUCUGCAGGAUUUACAUUCUAGCGUUGUAAAACUGGUCAGUAGAAAUAAUCCAGGGGGCACUGUAAGUGACAUCAGGUACCCAACAGACCCAAAUGACCGAAUCUGGAAAGGAACUUCAAGCUCAUCGGCAUCUCCCAUAUCAUCAUUCAAUGUCAGCAUCUCUGGCCAAGUUGCCAAUGUGACUCCUCCUCUUCAAGUUUUACGAACUGCUCUUACCCAUUUUGAGAGAUUGGAGUUCAUUCACAAUGUCUCAGAGACAUGGAACCAUGACUACCGCGUGUUCAUCUACUUCCUUGAAUUAAACAAUACUGUUAGGUCAGGCCAAAGAGUGUUUGACAUCUAUCUCAAUGGUGACAUUAAAGAGAAGAAUUUUGAUAUAUUGGCUGGAGGCUCCAACUAUAGAGACACAGUGCUGAAUGUUUCAUCAACUGGUGCGAUCAAUUUAACCUUGGCCAGAGAAUCGAGUUCUGAAUACGGACCACUUUGUAAUGCAUAUGAAAUUCUGGAAGUUCUUCCAUGGAUGAAAGAGACCAAUCAUAAUAACUUGAAAGAAAUGCUGAAGGUGGCAGAAGAAUUGCAGACGCAAAACCAAGGCAAUAAAGUGCUAGAGAGUUGGAGUGGAGACCCAUGCAUGCCUUUUCCUUGGAAUGGAGUAGAAUGCGAUCUUUUGAAUGAUUCAACUGUUAUCAAUAAGCUGGAUCUUUCUUCAAGUAAUCUCAGAGGACCAAUUCCUUCAGGUGUCACUGCGUUGAACAACUUAGAAACACUGAACCUGAGUCAUAAUAACUUCAAUGGCAGUGUACCCCCAUUUCCUCCUUCCUCUUCGCUGAUAUCACUAGAUCUAAGCUACAAUGAUCUCACGGGAUCGCUUCAGGGAUCAAUUGCCUCAUUAUCACAUCUAAAAUCCUUAUAUUUCGGCUGCAAUCCUCACAUGAGCAAGGAGGUCCCAUCAAACUUCAACAGUUCACUCAAUUCAGAUUAUGGAAGAUGCAAUCAUAAAAGAUCAAGGGCACCACUCAUCAUUGGAACUGUCACAUGUGGGGCGGUCUUGGUUACUUUUGCUCUCGGAUUUCUUUUUCUUUGCCGUUGUAAGAAAAUAUCAAUUCCCUGGGGAGGAUUUGAUGAAAAGAAAUACCCUAACCCAAUGGCAACAAAUAUAAUCUUCUCUUUGCCCAGUAAAGACGAUUUCUUCAUGAAGUCAGCAUGUAUUCAAAAGUUUACCCUGGAUUAUAUAGAGGCAGCCACCGAGAAGUACAAAACAUUAAUAGGUGAAGGAGGGUUUGGCUGUGUUUACAGGGGCAUUCUAGAUGAUGGUCAAGAAGUGGCAAUGAAAGUCCGGUCCGCCACAUCAACUCAGGGAACUAAGGAAUUUGACAAUGAGCUAAAUCUGCUUUCUGAGAUACAACAUGAAAACUUGGUGCCUCUUCUUGGUUACUGUAGUGAAAAGGAUCAACAAAUUCUGGUGUACCCUUUUAUGUCCAAUGGCUCUUUACAGGAUAGACUUUAUGGAGAACCAGCAAAGAGAAAAGUAUUAGACUGGCCAACCAGACUUUCAAUUGCUCUGGGUGCAGCUCGAGGUUUGGCAUAUCUUCAUACAUUUCCGGGGCGUCCCAUUAUACAUAGGGAUGUAAAAUCGAGCAAUAUACUUCUGGAUCAUAGCAUGACAGCUAAAGUAGCAGAUUUUGGUUUCUCAAAAUAUGCUCCUCAGGAAGGAGACAUUGGUGCUUCUCUUGAACUAAGAGGAACAGCAGGAUAUCUGGAUCCCGAAUACUACACUACCCAGCAGUUAUCUGCCAAAAGUGAUGUCUUCAGCUUUGGUGUGGUUCUGCUUGAAAUUGUGAGUGGUCGGGAACCUCUCAACAUCCACAGGCCACGCAAUGAGUGGAGCCUAGUAGAAUGGACUAAACCAUAUAUAAGAGCAGCAAAAAUUGAUGAAAUUGUGGAUCCUGGCAUAAAAGGAGGAUAUCAUGCAGAGGCACUGUGGAGAGUGGUGGAAGUAGCACACUCAUGUGUUGAAACCUUGUCAAGAUUCAGACCUGAGAUGGAUGAUGUUGUGAGAGAGUUGGAGGAUGCUCUAAUUAUAGAGAACAAUGCAUCAGAAUACAUGAGGUCUAUAGAGAGCCUUGGAGGAUCCAAUCGCUACUCCUUUGUAAUAGAGAAAAGGGUGGUUCCACCAUCUACAGCAGAUCAAUCAACCAUCGUAAACCAAAACAUGUCAUUCCCACAGCCCAGAUAGCAAAUGGGUGGAGGAGCUUUUUUGAUUUCUUACUGAUAAUUGAUGUGGUUUUGUCAUCCUAAUAAAUGAUAAGAGAAAAUGAUAACCUCUCCAUACAACGACUGAAAUUCUAUGCACCUCACUAGAGCUACAAUUUCUCCCAUCAAGCUCCUUUUUGCAGGCUGAAAA